AUGAACAAAAAUAUGAACUCACCGUCUAAACUUACGGAGUUCGCUCCGUUAAGUCCUGAAGAAAGCCAACCUGUUGUAGCUUCUCUAUUUUCCAAAUUUUUUAACUUCACUAAAGGUUCACAAAAUGUUGAUGAUUCUACAAUCUCUUCUACUACCAAUGAAGAACAAAGCUCAUCUGAUUCUGAAUCUUGGAAACAGUCAGAGAGUACUGAAAAAUCACCUGAAGAUGACAGUUCAAGUAUGAUGAACUUUCCAUUAGAUACUCGUGAAGGAAGAAGUUUACCAAAUGUAUUAAAACGUAUUAGUAAUAUUGUAGCUUUGAAAAGUAGCAACUUACGCUCGUACAAAGAUUCUCAGCUAAGAAGCUAUUGGAUGCCAGAUAGUGUAAGCAAGCAGUGUUAUGAAUGUGGUGAACGAUUUACAACUUUUCGCAGAAGACAUCAUUGCCGUGUUUGUGGACAAAUAUUCUGUUCGAAAUGUUGCUCUGAUCAGAUUCCUGGAAAAGUUAUGGGAUGCACCGGUGAUCUCAGAGUAUGUACAUAUUGUUGCAAAGUAGUUUUAUCUUAUUUACAAUCAUCAGACAUGAGAAGCGAUCUAUCAGCAGAUUUAAAGGCAUUGCAAGAAGACCUGCAAGUUAAAUAUGGAAAUAAUUCACCACCUGUCACACAGAAAUGUUCAAAUGAAUCAGUAGAAGAUGAAAGUUCAAUCUAUAGGAAACCAAGUGUAGGGUAUAUGGAAGAAAAAUAUGCUAUUGGACGGCCAACAACUAGUUACUUAACAUCACAGGAACGUUCUAUUGUCUUACAAAAUUCAGCUUCUUUGAGAAUGAUUUAUGAAGAAUUAUUUAGAUCUAGUCAAGCAAUUAUCUUACAAACACAUAGAGUUAGACUAAAAAGUUAUCAUAAUUGCUUUCUGGCCAAUGAAUUAGUGAAUUGGAUGAUAGCACAAAAUAAAGCAGCUACUCGAGUGCAAGCUACUGCUAUAGGCCAGGCAUUGCUGGAAGCUGGUUUUAUAGAACCUGUAGUUGCUGAUAAUAUAUUUAGUGAUACAGCAACUAUAUUUAAGCCAGUCAAAUUAUCGAAUAUGCAAAGCAUGGAUUUAUUAAUUGAGACUCAAAAUACCUGUGAUGCUCAAGAACCAGCAUGGGUAAAAACUAUCCCACAACAUGAUUCAACAACUGAUUCAGAAAGUGAAACAAAACCUUCGAAUUCAGUACAACAAACAACUGGACGUUUACCAUCAUCUAGUUCAAGUUUUUACUUAGAUUUAAACUUAGAAGCAUCUACUGUUACAUUAAAAAGACCUACAUCGGAAGACUUAACUACAAUUUCUGUAGAUAGUAGUGAUGGUAUAAUUGAACAGAAGGAAGUCACAGUAAAAUCACAUAAAUGUAAUUUUAAGAUUGCUGAUGAUCUUUUAAAUGAUACACUACAAGUACAAGAAUUUAAAGAAAAGAAUGGUUGGCAUAAACCAACAAAUUUGCGAACCGUGUUUGGAGAACUACAUGCGUAUGAAUGUCUAACAUCUGCGUACAAGCAACAUGAAGAUUCACUAAUUAAGCAACUUCUUAAUAAAGAAGGUUUAUCACAAAGUUGGUCAGAAGUAAUACUCCCUAUCGCCCACCAAAUUAUUGAUUUUGUAAGACCAGAUUUAAAUCAUAAUGUGGAUGAUUUGGAUAUUCGACAAUAUGUACAAAUAAAAAAAUGUCCUGGCGGAAGUAGAGAUGAUUGUGAAAUUGUGUCUGGUGUAGUUUGUACGAAAAAUGUUGCACACAGAGGAAUGAACGCAAUGAUAGCUCAUCCAAAAAUUUUAUUACUUCAGUGUGGACUCAUGUAUCAACGCGUAGAAGGAAAAUUAUUAAGUCUAGAACCUGUGAUGUUACAAGAAAACGAAUAUUUGGGUCACACAGUUGCUAGGAUUACCGCACUUGGACCAGAUGUUGUACUAGUACAUCGUUCUGUUUCAAGAUUAGCACAAGAUAGACUCAGAGAAUGUGGAGUAACACUUGUUUUGAAUGUAAAACUCAGUGUUCUUGAAAGGAUUGCACGGUGUACAGGUGCUAAUAUUGUGAAUACUAUUGAUGCACACAUAAGUGCAAGGUAUAUGCUUGGUACAUGUAAAAAAUUUUAUUUGCGAAACUUUUCAAAUGAUAAAAAUGGUAUUAAAACGUUAAUGUACUUUGAGGGAUGUGCAAAUCCACAUUUAGGAGCUACAAUCUUGUUACGAGGUGGUUCUCAAACAGAAUUAAAAAAAGUAAAGAAUGUGACUUCAAUGAUGAUCUUUGCUGCUUAUUCUUGGCGUCUUGAAAAGUCAUUUCUUAUGGAUGAAUUUGCAAGACCACCAUCGCCUAAAGAUAAUCCAUUUUUGGAUGAAACGUGCAAAGAUUUCAAAGAUUUUCAAGAAACCAAUAAAAUAUUACAUGCUAAAGUUAGUGAAGAAAAUGAUUUGUUAUUGGGUCAUUGCAAAGAGUAUACAGAGAAUCAGGAAAUUUUAAAGGUAUCAGAAGUUCAAGAAGAUUCUGGAAGUGUAUCAAGUGAUAAACUAUGUCUAGAACUAGAACUUUCAUUAAAUGAAGGUACACCAAUAAAAGACAUAGUUUCAAACUCCAUUAAACAAAUAUCUUCUAUAUUAUCUGAAGAUAUUGAUCCUUAUGAUACUUUAAAAUUAUUUAAACCCAAAACAAAAUCUUCUGUAAUUGACGAAAAAGCUGCAGGGAAUUGCCUAACAAGUAAAACAAAUAAUGAUAAUUUAAAUAAUAGUUCCGAUCUUGAUAUAGAUGGCAAGCAAGAUACAAAUAGUACAGUGGAAUUAUUUGGUGGAAAGACUACGAUAAAAGUGAAUAAAAAUAUUAAAGAAGAAGUUGAAAAAUCAAAAAUAAAAGAUAAAGUUGUCUCAGAAGAAAAACGUAUUUAUGGUGAAUCUAUUAGCGAUCAUAGUGAUCCUCUUCAUCAAUACUUAAAUGAAGAUGAAGAAGAUGUCUUUAGUCAAACUAGUCCAAAUGGACAACAUUUGAGCGUUGCCGAUUUACCAUUAUUAAAUAAAUUUAAGAAAGCAUUAGAAGGCACUAUAUUAAGUGUAUCGCCUUAUUUAAAAUUUUCUGUUCCUUAUUUAGAAACUGAGACAGGAAGAAAUUGCAUAUUGCGAAGUUUUUUCCCGAGAGAAAUCUUUUAUUCUGUACAAUUUAUGGAUAAAGUAAAAGAAAUUAAAACGGGUAAUGUAUUUACAGAACAGUCUGUAAUUGAAAACCCAUUAAUGAAUUUAAAAUUAAAACCACAACAUCCAUUUGUUCAAGCGAGAUUAACUACAGAUGUGGAUAGCCGAAAGGUACAAGCUUUAUUAGCCAAUUUUAGAGCAUGUGGUAGUCGCUUAUAUCCAACGAAUAAUGUUUUAUCGGAUAAACAAAUUCUGGUACAAUCAGAAGUAACUGAACAACCUCCUAUGUGGCCCGAUUGUUUAGAUCCUGCUAGUCAUCAACGUUUAUCUGUGUUAUUUUGUAGUUUCUCACAUACUGGUAAUAGUGAUACACCAGCAUUUUGCGUAAAUCCUUGGGUAGUUAAUAUGGAUUUAUAUGGAAGAAAUGAUAUUGCGCUUGGACGUUUCUUGGAACGUUAUUGUUUAACAUCUGAAUAUAAAUGUCCUGCUCAAGCAUGUCGAGCACAAAUCGCUCAUCAUAUCCGACGAUUUGCACACGACGGCGGAUGUAUAUAUAUUAGUUUAAGUGAAAUGAGCACCGAUCCAUUUUCUCAAGAGAAUGCAAAUCAAAUUUUAAUGUGGAGCAAAUGUAUGAAAUGUAAAAGCGUUUCACCAGUAGUUCCAAUGUCGGAUGAUACUUGGUCUUUAUCUUUUGCAAAGUAUUUGGAACUACGGUUUCAUGGAAGCGCGUACACCAGACGCGGAACAGAUACUUGUCAACACUCACUUCACCAUGAUCAUUAUCAAUAUUUCACAAAGAAAAAUAUGUUAGCUGUGUUUAAAUACACAAAAAUAUCGCAGUGGGAGAUUUCACUUCCACCUCCGGUGAUAAAUAUUAUGUAUGAUCCAAAACAACAUGCAGAUGUGAUAGAAGAGAUGAAAAGUAUAGCAUUGAAAGGAGACGAAGUUUUUUCUUGUAUACGAGAAAAAUUGACAACUUUACAAACUGAUAUAGAUAUUUUAAAUGCUGUUAAACAGCAGCUAUCUAAGGAUCAACAGUAUUUCAAAAAUAAAAUUGAAGAAAUUCAAUUGAAAUUGACAUCCCCCACUUUAGAGAACAAAAAACUUGAAGGAAAAGUAUCUGAAAAGCAGGUUCAAGCUCUAAUGUUUAGAAUUGAAGAUGGAAUAGUAAUCCUCAAACGAAUAAUAUCAGAAGUUGUAUUUACUUGGAAUGCAAAUAUCUUGGAAAUGUCUGUUAAAAAGAAGGAUGAGAGACCAAGACGAUUUACUGAACGAUCGUUGACGACUGGAAGUAAUAGUAUAAUUGAUACAGAUGGAUAUAUAACAGAAGAUACUGCAUCAGAAUCGCAGUUAGAAGAUUUAAGUCCUAUGUCAGCGGACUAUAAUGCUGUUGAUGCCAUUGCUGCUGCACAAAAUGACUUACAAGGAAUGGAAGGUUUAGAAAAUUCAGACAACGAAGUCUUAGAAAAUAAUAAUCCUGAAGACAUUGUUAUCAUUCAAGAAUCUCCAAAAAUGCAUCAAAGAUCACAUUCUGAUGUUUUGCCUAUUACUUUUGAUGACAUGCCAGAUAAAAAGAAAAAGAAAAAGACUAUUCUAUCACAACUAUUACCUUCCGUUUCUGUUACUCAGCCGAUAGUAAAUCCUUUAGGAACUUUAGAACAUCAUUUACUUCCUCUUGGAUCAGUUGUACCUAUAGUGGUAUAUGAAUCAGAGCCUUCAUCUAUAAUCGCAUAUGCACUAGAUUCACAUGACUAUAAACACGUACUUCAGGAAUUAAUGCGUACGACGAAAGGACCUGAUUUAAAUCCCAGUCCCUUGAAUAAGCGUAAAUUCCCCGAAAAUAAAGAGAAUCUUCCUGAUGUGAUCCAAUCUGGAGAAUUUAAGCGGCCAUCUGUUUUGUCAUUUUUCCGAGGAAAUAGUCCAAAUCCUGCAAGUCCCUUAGACUCUGAUAAAACUAUUUCAAAUACGGAUUCUACCAUACAAAAUCCAUCAACGACAACAGACACAGAUGAGGACAAGAAAACAACAAAACAACAAAAUUACAUCGAAGUUCAAUUUAACGACGCAACGACAAAUUUCUAUUGUAGAAUAUAUUUCGCUGCACAAUUUGCUGCUUUUAGAGAAAAUGUUUUACCGUGUGGAGAGGAUGGUUUUACAAGAAGUUUAUGUCGAAGUGUACAAUGGGCUGCGAGAGGUGGAAAAAGCGGAAGCAGUUUCUGCAAAAGUCGAGACGAUAGGUUUAUUAUAAAAGAGAUGUCUAGACUAGAAAUGCAAAUAUUUCUUGAUUUUGCACCAAAUUACUUUUCCUAUAUGGAAAAAUGUCAACAGACUAAGCAGCCGACAUUGUUAGGAAAGAUAGUCGGCGUUUACAGAGUAUCUUUUAAAAACAAUACAACAAAUGCAGCACUUCGAACUAGUGUAUUAGUGAUGGAGAACUUAUUUUACAAGAGAACGAUAACAGACAAAUUUGAUUUGAAGGGAUCAGUGAGAAAUCGUCUUGUAAAUCCUGAUGAUACGUGUCACGAAGGAGAACUUGUACUGCUCGAUGAAAAUUUAUUGAAUAUGAGCUGCGAUUCGCCGCUCUAUAUCAGAUCACAUUCCAAAGCGGUUUUAAAUAGAGCUAUCGAACAAGACACAAAAUUCCUGGCUGAUAAUUCUGUGAUGGAUUAUUCACUAUUAGUAGGUUUAGAACCAAAUUCAGAUGAACUCGUCCUAGGUAUAAUAGAUUAUAUACGAACGUUUACUUGGGACAAGAAGUUAGAAACAAUGGUGAAGAAAACGGGCAUACUAGGUGGCCAGGGAAAAUUGCCAACAAUAAUAUCACCAGAAGAAUAUCGAGCUCGUUUCAUAGCCGCUAUGCACCGAUAUUUCUUACCUGUACCGGACAGGUGGUCUGGUUUAGGUAGAGGAGUAGAAACAUGAUAAAUAUGACUUUCACAUAGUGAGAUUUCCAAUUUUUCACAAAUACUGUAUACUAAACAUAUUGUAUAUAUAUUUUCUAUGCAGCUGACAUAAAUGUAACAAACAGUGUUACAUAUAAAGGUACGUAAUUGGAUAUUAAUAAAUUAUAGAAUUUUGUUUUUACUAGUCGACAUUACGAUAUUUUGUAAUGGAAAAGUGAUAAAAAUAUGUUACCAUUAUUGUAAUGGAAAGUCUCAUUGUACAGUUUUAAUCUCAUAAUUUAUAUAGCGAUGUAACAUUUAAAUUAUGUCGCUUGUAUUUGGAUUUAUUAAUAUAUUGAUCAUUGUAUUACAUGUACAUAAUACGUUAAUAUUAAAAUUAGCAAGCGAA